CCGCCGCGGCCCUCCUACGUGCUGCGCGCUCUGUCGGCCCGGCCCCAGCCGCAGGCGCCGGCCCGCGACCCCGGCGGAGAUCAUGAAUCAGGCAGAUAAAAAUCAAGAAGUCCCAUCAUACCUUAGUGAUGAGCCGCCAGAAGGUUCAAUGAAAGAUCACCCACAGCAGCAACCAGGCAUGUUGUCCCGUGUGACUGGAGGUAUCUUCAGUGUUACAAAGGGAGCUGUUGGUGCCACCAUUGGUGGUGUGGCUUGGAUUGGUGGAAAGAGUCUGGAGGUGACCAAAACAGCUGUUACAACUGUGCCUUCCAUGGGAAUAGGGCUGGUGAAAGGGGGUGUGUCUGCGGUGGCUGGAGGUGUUACAGCUGUUGGGUCCGCUGUUGUAAACAAAGUGCCCUUAACAGGAAAGAAGAAAGACAAGUCUGACUAAAAUAAGGAGAAACACGUACUCUCCACAGCAUUAUGAUGCCAGUGGCAUUGAAUUGCUAAAUUAUGGACUACAACCAGGUCACUUGUUUUGGACAUUUAUCUUCUUAACUGCUGUGUUGAAAGUAUUGAUGACUGGCUUUCAUCUAAAAAGAAGAGACCAAUACUAGCACAGUAUAUGAAGGUUUCUCGUACUUAAGUUCCAGCUUUCUAUCUGGUAAAAUGUUACACUCACUCAGUUGUAACUGAAGAUAUGGUAUGUUUGAAUAUUUACUAUAAGUCUUUCAGUUUGACUAAAAAUGUGAAAGUUGAAUUUAGUAGAUGAUCUUUCCAGUUCCAUAUGUACAAUGUGCCAGGUAACUCAUCUGCCCCUUAAGAAGGGAGUCUUGAACUACAUAAACUGUACCUUUGAUGUGCCUAAUAGUUUCAGAUGUCUUAGUUUUUUAUAAUCAUAGUUGAUAAGGCCAAGAGGCAUUCUUUUCUUAUUUAUGCUGGCAAAUUAGCAGGAAUUAGAGAAGUUUAAAAGAAAACAUAAAUGGUUUUAUGAUGCUGUUAGCUAUCUUUUGUUAGAUAAUGCAUUUUAUUCAUUUAAUCAUUGAUGCCUUACGAAAGAACACAUGUUUUCUAACACCCUAGAUGUGUGCGGUUCAUACUCUUUAUGGAUUCUUUUAAAGGUUGGUGGUGAAAUUAGAAUCUCAGAAUUAGAGAAGUAAAGCUAUUUUUUGCAGUCAGGUGGGUAAGAUAGUGCUUGUUAACUGUCUUGUUGGUAGUUAAAAUCAAAUUGUCUGCUUUUGCCUGCACUCAUGCUCCACCAUUAAUACACUUUACAAUGCCUAAGGAACAUUUUGUUACUGAUUAGGAGCUGUGUUGGAAGUGUUUCAUAUUAAGAAGAAAUAGACAAUUGAAGAGCUAUUUAAAGCAUUCAAAAUAAAAAAGUCUCCUUCACAACUAUUCUAUUCUUAGACAGUCUUAAAUUAUUAGCAGUAUCCCUUUUUAAAAAUAAUCACAGAUAACUGAGGACUGACUUUUAAAUGGAAUGAAAUGGGCUCUAGACAUUCACAGCAUGUAAAUGUAAAGAAUAUUUAAUGUGAAUGUAAAGAAUAUUUAAGUGCUCUCAGUGGUUUAUAUAGGCUUUGAAAAUGUUACAGUCUUUCAAAGCAGCUGUACUUUGUAUCAGUUCUCAAACCAAUUUCAGGUAGGGAAUUGAAGUUUCUGAUUAUGGAUGGUAAACAUGUCAUAUCUUAUAAACGUGUUUCAUUCAUUUGCAAAGGUAUGAACUAGGUGGAAUUCAUUUUGUUGUUUCAUGUUUAGUUUCUAAAAAUAUAACAACUGGCAUACAUAUAUUUGGCAUUCCUUUUAACUAAAGGUUACAAUCCAAAUGUGGAAGAUCUUAAUUUUCCUUACACUUAAAUUUGGAAAUUUGUCUCCAUUCUGCUGACUUGGGGUGGUGGGUGAAACCCAAUGGUAAAUAAAACAGUGUCCCUGAGAACUUCAAACAGAUUACUCCUGACAACUGAGGCUCAAAUGUAUGUAAACUACUAAGAGUAUUACAUUAAUAAUAUGGAUCAGCAGAUGAAUGAGAAUGUAACAACUUUUAAAGGUGUUUAUAAAUACCAGCAGGGAUUUUAAGCAAAUCUACAAAUGUUCUACAAUAUACAAAAUUGGAAAGUCAUUAGGAAGUUCAACUCAUCAGGAAUUAAGUGGUCAUUUAUUUCAAGUAAUGAGAUUUAAGGUGUGUUUGGUAUGUGUUGUUGUAUGUCCUAAUUAGCAAAGAGGAUUUAAAAAAAAAAAACUGCAAAGUUAAUAGAUGAACACUAAGUGAUCUAAAUAAUGGUCU